GGCGAGGGAAGGGCGGAGCUUCCUUGACUGAGCGGCUUCCAGCUGAAGCUGAACUUGUACCCUGAUGCUGUGGCUUCUAUCCUGGUAUGGCUGAUUUCCUAGCUGAAUUAUGCGACACCGAUCGUUCGAACCCAUUUCCAGUGUGGGAUAAUGGUAGUGUUGGAUAUUGCUUCAAUCAACUAGUCCUUAAUGUGCUGCCACACACUGCUCUGGCUUUUGCCAGUGCCUGCUAUCUUAACACUCCUCGAUCUCACUGGCAGACUUUCACCUGGAGUUGGGAAUGCAGGAUUAUCAUCUCUUUCAUUCAGGUGGCUCUUUUCCUCAUUGAUGUGGUAACAAUCAUCUUUUUUCCGAACUUGCAAACUCUGUGGCUGGAGGUAUUGGUGGAUUCUGUUGCUGUGAUAGCCUGGCUUGUACAUGGACUGGCAGUGAGUGUGCUCAGCAAGUCUCAGUAUGGACGCUCACUGGGUCCAGCAAUACUGCCUUUCUUUGCAAUCAUUCCUGCCCCUGCAUUAAUUAUCAUUCUGGUAGCUGAUUGCCAGGCUGGACAAGUCACAUGUUCAGAUUACCUUUCGAGCUGGCUAAGAUUCAUUUUGACCUGUGCAGAAUUAACUUUACUUCUUGCUUAUCUGAUUGUGCUAGUUGCCUCCCAACCUGGAAGAGAUGAAAUAAGCCCUGAGCAGGAGCCAUUGUUGCAAGGUGGGGCUGCAGGACCCGAAGGAGAGAUUGUGGCUGAAGAUGGGGCAAGCUGGGUCUCUCGCCUCUUCUACUUCUGGAUGAACCCCAUCUUGAAGCGUGGCUACAAUUUGCAGAUUACCCAGCCCAAUGAUGUCUACCAGCUACCUCCGAAACUUAGGACCCUUAACAUUGAAGAACUUUUUCAGAAAAGCUGGCAAAAGUGUGUGUUGGAGAAGGCAGCAAGAAAGGAAAAGAAACAGCACAAACCAGAAUCUGAUAGCAAUCGGCGCAUCGACAGCAGUCAGAAUACCCACAGAAAUUCGUGGCGUGACCAACAGAGAUCCGAGGAGACCCAGAAAGAGACCACAUCUACAAACGUGGAAAAGGAAGUGCAUCUUCUCUCCGUCUUGCAUAAAGCCUUCGGCUAUCAUUAUUACUGCCUUGGACUGUUAAAGUUUGGAGGCAGCAUGCUGGGCUUUUCAGGGCCUCUGCUUUUAAACUUGCUGCUCUCUUUCAUGGAGUCCGGCACUCAGCAAAUGACCAAGGGCAUCUGGUACACACUGGGCCUGUUUCUCAGCACUUUUGUGGGUGCUGUUCUUCUCAACCAAUUCAACUACCGAGUCAUGAUGGUCGGUUUGAAGGUCCGGUCGGCAAUAAUAUCUGCCAUUUACCGCAAAGCUCUGCAUGUCAACAUUACCACUCUGUCCAAAUUCUCUGUGGGUGAGAUUGUCAACUUCAUGAGCAUUGACACAGACCGGAUAGUGAAUUUCUUUCCCAGUUUCCACGAGGUGUGGAGCUUACCCUUUCAGUUUAGUCUCACUCUCUACCUUCUGUACCAGCAGAUUGGUGUGACUUUCCUUGGGGGUCUUGUGGUAGGGUUAUUGCUAGUGCCAUUAAACAAGGUCAUCGCCACCAAAAUCAUGGAGAAUAACAAGAAAAUGCUAGGACACAAGGACUUCAGAGUCAGGCUGAUGUCUGAGAUUCUUUCUGGAGUGCGAGUAAUAAAGUUCUACACCUGGGAGAAGCAUUUCAUCGAUAAGGUUAAUAACUACAGGGAGAAGGAGCUGGGCCGUCUUAGAAUCAUCAAGUAUCUUGAUGCGGUUUGUGUUUACAUGUGGGCUGCACUGCCUGUUGUGAUCUCCAUUCUUAUCUUUGUCACCUACACUUUGCUGGGACACCAGCUAACUGCUGCCAAGGUGUUCACAGCCCUGGCUUUAGUGGGAAUGUUGAUUCAGCCCCUGAAUAGCUUCCCUUGGGUGCUGAAUGCGAUACUACAAGCAAAGGUCUCCUUGGACCGGAUCCACCGCUUCCUCCAGCUCUCUGACCAGGAUCUCAGCACCUACUAUAUGGCACGGGAACCCAACGAUCCUGACUCAGCAGUUGAGCUGCAUGAUGCUUCAUUCUCUUGGAUACCCAGAGAAACGUCUGGUGACCCUGGGAACAAUCAAAAUGUUACUAUGCAUGAUGGCAGCCUGGAGCUCCUGAACCUGAACCUUAUGAUGAAGCAGGGGCAGCUGAUAGGAGUUGUUGGAAAGGUCGGCUGUGGCAAGAGCUCCCUGUUAGCAGCGAUAUUGGGAGAACUCAGCAGGCGUGAUGGAGAAGUGUAUGUCUCAACGCAAAAGGAAGGUUUUGGCCUGGCAGCUCAAGAGCCCUGGAUUCAGUUUACCACUGUCCGGGAGAAUAUACUUUUUGGAACUAAAUAUCACGCCAAGCGCUACCAAGAAGCGAUCGAGGCUUGUGCACUCUCAGAGGAUCUUAAUGUUCUGCCGAAUGGUGACCAGACAGAAGUUGGUGAGAGCGGAGUGACCCUCAGUGGUGGACAAAAAGCCCGUGUCGCCUUAGCCAGAGCUGUUUACAUGCAAAAGGAACUGUAUCUUCUUGAUGACCCAUUAGCUGCCGUGGAUAAAGAUGUGGCCAGUCACCUUUUGGAAAAGUGUAUUUUGGGAAUUUUGAAAGAUAAGACCGUAAUCCUUUGUACACAUCGGACAGAGUUUUUGGAUAAGGCUGAUAUGGUAGUGUUUCUGGAAAAUGGAAAGAUUGUAAAAGCAGGUACCCCUGAUGAAAUUCUGCCCAUGGUGGAAGCUUACCCAAAUACAAAAAAAAAGACUUCAAUAAAGAAAGCUGCAGCUGUAGUAAAGAGCCCUCAGGAGGAGGAGGAGGAGGAGGAGGAGAAAGACAAGCCAGAUGAACAAGACCUCAGCGUGGUCAACGUUGGGUUGGAGGAGCAGAAGAAGGUCGGAGCUGUGUCACUGAAAGUGUAUGAGUCGUACUGGCUGUCAGUUGGCAAAUGGCUGGCAUUUUCCGUGCUUGUCUCUCUGUUCCUGAUGCAAGCUUCCCGUAAUUUGUCUGACUGGUGGCUCUCAUACUGGGUCUCCCAAGUGGAACACAAGAAUCGUACUGGACAAAGCAUACAUGAUACAUCACUCUAUAGGCGUCAAUUAAUGCGCUUCAUUCGAUCUCACUCCAAAGGAAAGAUUUCACCACAAAUCAAGUACUACCUCACUGUCUAUGGCUGCAUUGCUGUACUAAAUACUGUAUUCACAGCAGCCCGAGCAUUUCUCUUCGCCUAUGGAGCAAUUUGUGCUGCAGUGAUUAUUCACAACAGGCUUUUACUUCAGGUGUUAAAGGCAACAAUAAUAUUCUUUGAUAUUACACCGAUCGGACGCAUUGUGAACCGUUUCUCGUCUGAUCUCUACUGCGUGGGCGACACACUACCCUUCAUCCUCAAUAUAUUCCUGGCAACUACGUAUGGCCUGUUAGGUACAAUUCUGAUGAUUAGCUACAGUCUUCCGUGGAUCUUGCUGAUUCUAGUGCCAUUGGUUAUACUCUACUUCUACAUGCAGCGCUACUACCGCUUCACCUCAAGGGAGCUCAAGCGCCUCACAGCUAUCACAUUGUCACCAAUGUAUGCGCAGUUCUCUGAGACACUGACUGGUCUCACCACCAUCAGGGCAUUUCGAGCAGUUCGCAGGUUUGAGGAAGAGAAUAGUCGUCGCCUUGAGCUGAACCAGCGCUGCCUUUACAUGGGCAAUACUGCCGUGCAGUGGCUCGAUAUCAGGCUUCAGAUGAUUGGUGUUACGGUGGUGACUUCCAUUGCUCUUAUUGCUGUCAUCGAGCAUGGCCUGAAACGUGGCAAUCCUGGCCUCGUGGGUCUUGCUAUGUCCUACGCACUGUCAAUCACAAAUCUACUCUCUGGGGUAGUUGCUAGCUUCACACAAACUGAAAUGCAGAUGGUCAGUGUGGAGCGAUUGGAUGAAUAUACCACUGAGAUUCCCAUCGAACCACAGGAGGGGAUUAUUGAGGUUCCUUUCUCUUGGCCACAGCAUGGUAUGAUUGUUUUCAAGGAUGCAGUCCUGGCAUAUCGGGAGGGGCUCCCUAAUGUGCUUGAUGGAAUUAAUCUGAAGAUUAAUGCUGGUGAGAAAGUGGGAAUUGUUGGACGGACAGGCUCAGGAAAGUCCACUCUAUUUCUAGCACUCUUCCGGAUGGUGGAGUUGAAUGAGGGUCAGAUUUUCAUCGACAACAUUGACACAAAAAGAAUCAGCUUGCUGGACCUUCGAUCAAAACUGGCUAUUAUUCCUCAGGAUCCAUUCCUGUUUACUGGCACAGUACGAGAAAAUCUGGACCCACUGAGCCAUCACACAGAGAUGGAGAUGCAAACUGUGUUGAGAGAGUGUCACCUGCUGGAGGUCACUCAGCGAAUGGGUGGAUUGGAUGCCAAGAUCAGUGAUCGUGGGAAGAAUUUAUCCGUUGGUCAGAGGCAACUCAUCUGCCUGGCAAGGGCACUUCUCACUCAGGCCAAGAUUCUGUGUAUUGAUGAAGCAACUGCCAGUGUGGAUCAGAAAACAGAUCAGCUGCUGCAAGAGAAAAUACAAGAACAAUUUGCAAACAAAACCGUAUUGACAAUCGCCCAUAGAUUGAGCACUAUAAUGGAUUCAAACCGAGUACUGGUGUUGGAUGCUGGCAGGGUGAAGGAGUUUGACUCGCCAACCGUUCUCUCUAAGAACCAGGAUUCCUUCUUCUAUGGUAUCGUACAUGACAUUCAGUAGCAUUGGAACAACUAUGGUCCCAACCUCUUAUGUACCUCUGAAGCUCUGUGCAGCGCUGUUGAUACAAUUUACACUCAACUUUCACAGAAGUCAUGGAGUGGGACCCCAGAAAGCUCACUGCACCUUAUGUAUUUAAAACAGCAGAUGGAACACAAAAUGUCACAAUUUCCAAAUUCCAGAUGGGAAGGAUUGUGUGAUCCUCAGUUAGUUGGCGUCAGUUAGGGUAGAUCUGUGCUGUAUAUGUCAUUUCUGUAACCCUGCAUCUUUUACUCACACUUCUUAGCUCAUAUCCAGCACCUGCUAUCACUGUUGCUCUACAAGAUCAUCCACCCCCAUUCGCUCAGCCCCACUCCCAAUCAGCAUUGUUCUGUACAGUUUAAUACUCACUCUCAGUCCCUGUCCCAUUCCUACUGUUCUGUACAGUUUCGUGUUCAUUCUUAGUCCCUGUUCCGUUCACACUGUCCUGUACAGUUUAAUAGUCAGUCUCAGUCCCUGUCCCAUUCCCACUGUCCUGUACAGCUUAACAUUCGCUCUCAGUUCAUGUCCCAUCCACUGUACUUUACAGUUUAGUUUUCACACACAGUCCCUAUCCCAUUCCCACUAUUCUGUACAGUUUAAUAUUCACUCUCAGUCUCCAUCCCAUUCCUGCUGUUCUGUACGGUUUAAUAUUCACUCUCCAUCCCUGUCCCAUUCCCACUCCUGUACAGUUUUAACAUUCAUUCUCAGUCCCUAUCAAAUUCCCACUGUUCUGUGCAGUUUAAUGUUCACUCUCAGUCCCUGACCUUUUCCUACUCUCCUGUGCCAGGUAAUGUUCACUCUCAGCCCCUGUCCCAUGCCCACUGAUCUGUACAGUAUAAUGUUCACUCUCAAUCCGUGUCCCACUCCCUCUGUUCUCAACAGUUUAAUAUUUACUCUCAAUCCCUUUCCCAUUCCCAUUGCUAUGUACAGUUUAAUAUUUACUCUCUGCCCCUGUCCCAUUCCCACUGUUCAGUACAGUUUAAUAUUCACUCUCAGUCCCUGUCCUAUUCCCAGUGUUCUGUACAGUUUAUCGUUCACCCUCAGUCUCUGUCCCAUUUCCACUUUUCCGAACAGUUUAACAUUCACUCUCAGACCCUGUCCCAUUCCCACUGUUCUGUACAGUUUAAUAUUCACUCUCAGUCCCUGUCCUAUUCCCAGUGUUCUGUACAGUUUAUUGUUCACCCUCAGUCUCUGUCCCAUUUCCACUUUUCCGAACAGUUUAACAUUCACUCUCAGGCCCUGUCUCAUUCCCACUGUUCUGUACAGUUUAAUAUUCAUUCUCAGCCCCUGUCAUAUUCCUAAUAUUCUGCAAUUUAAUAAUCACUCUUAGUCUCUGUCCUAUUCCCACUGUUCUGUACAGUUUCAUAUUCACUCUUAAUCCCUGUCCCAUGCCCACUGUUCUGUACAGUUUAAUAUUCACUCUCAGUCCCUGUCUUAUUCUCAGUGUUCUGUACAGUUUAUUGUUCACUCUCAGUCUCUGUCACAUUUCCACUUUUCUGAACAGUUUAACAUUCACUCUCAGACCCAGUCCCAUUUCCAUUGUUCUAUACAGUUUAAUAUUCACUCUCAGCCCCUGUCUCUUUCCCACUGUUCUGUACAGUUUACUAUUCACUAUCAAUCCCUGUUCCAUUCCCACUGUUCUGUACAGUAUAAUAUUCAUACUCAGACCCAGUCCCAUUUUCACUGUUCUGUACAGUUUAAUAUUCACUCCCAGUUGUUGUUCCAUUCCUAUUGUCCUCUACCGGGUAAUGUUCACUCUCAAUCCCUGUCCCAUCCCCACUGUUCUGCGCAGUUUAAUGUUCACUCUCAGUCCCUAUCCCAUGUCCACUGUUUUGUACAGUUUAAUAUUCACUCUCAGUCCCUGUCACUUUUCCACUGUUUUCUUGAGUUUAAUUUCCGCUCUCAGUCCCUGUCCCCAUUUCCAAUGUAGUGUAGUUUAAUGUUCACUCUCAGCCCCUGUCCCUCUCCCACUGUUCUGUACAGUUUGAUGUUCACUAUCAGUCCCUGUUCCAUUCCCACUGUACUGUACAGUAUAAUAUUCACGCUCAGGCCCAGUCCCAUUCCCACUCUAGUGCACAGUUUAACAUUCACUCUCAGUCUCUAUCCCACUCCCACUAUUCUGUACAGAUUAUUAUUCACUCUCGGGCCCUGUGUCAUUCCCACUGUUCUGUACAGAUUAAUAUUCACUCUCAUUCCCUGUCCCAUUUCCACUGUUCUGCACACAUUAAAAUUUACUCAGUCUCUGGCCCAUUCCCACUGUUCUGUACAGUUAAUGUUCACUCACAGUCCCUGUCCCAUACCCAAUGUUUUGUACACUUCAAUAUUCACUGUCAGUCCCAGUCCCAUUCCCACUGUACUAUACAGUGUAAUAUUCACACUCAGAUCCAGUCCCAUUUCCACUGUUCUAUACAGUUUAAUAUUCACUCUCAGUCCCUGUCCUAUUCCCACUGUUCUGUACAGGUUAAUAUUCACUCUCAGUCCCUGUUCCAUUUUCACUGUUCUGUACAGUUUAAUAUUUGCUCACAAUCCCUGUCCCAUUCCUACUGUUCUAUACAGUUUUUUAUUCGCUCUCAGUCCCAAUCCUUCUCCCUACUCUUUCUGUACUUUUUGUUCAAUUUCUGCUCUGUCAUCUUUCCCUUCCCCUCAUUCCCAAAUUUGAAAUUGUGUCUUCUCUUGCUUCGUUCUGUUUACUUUGGUGUUCAUUUGCAUUGUUUUGUGUCUCUCCUGUGCCUCCCCCAGUCACUAGUAUUGCAUUUGUCCUGUCCUCCUAAUCCUGCUGCCCUUCCUGUUCACUGACAUUUAGACAUAUCCAUCCGUAGGACCAGUUAGAUUGGUGUAUUUGGUGUAGUAGCCACGUUGGACUAUGGUCUGUUGUUGUGGACUCAGUUGUGUCCCUGCAUCUCUUUCUCAGUUCAGUCUCUGUGGUUUAUGAAUCGUUGUAUUUUUCACUGUAAUGACAUUUGAUAAUGGAAGGUAUAUGGGUGAAUCUCUGGGAUUUGAUCUGCUCGUGGAUCUUCAUUCUUGGGCUUGUUUUCUCUUGCAUAGAAUCAGCCAUGACCUCCCCUGUACUGCAUGAAUAAAUUCAGGACUCUCAAGGGCUCCUUCCUCCUGCUG